AAAUGUCAGAAUAUACAACUUCUACCAACUCACCAUAAUUUAUGUAAAUCAAUUCAUGUAAUACAGAAUAUUAGGAAAAUAGAAUGAAUCAUUCAUAUAAUCAUAGUGAUUUAUUAACUAUAUCAUCUAUAACUAUAAAUAAUGAUAGUCGAAUUGAUUCAGAAACGCAUACAAUUACACAAAUUUGUUUUUCAUUAGCAUUUUGUUCUACAUUAAUUCAUCUAAUAUUUAUAUUAUAUUUUAAACGUAUAAGAAAACUUUAUGGUUUAUGUAUAAUCAUACAUUGUUUAUUUUAUUCAUGUUCAUAUUUAAUGACAUUAAUUACAUGUUCAUUAAGUAAAAAAACCAAUCUCAUUCAUAUUAUUUUUGGAUAUUUAGCCGAUUAUUGUAUCUUGACAACUAUAAUCAUGAAUUUAAAAUCAUCAUUAAUGAUUGUUUAUUUAUUAUGGAAUAGACGAGAAAAUAUGAAUUGUUACCAUGGCAACUAUCAAUUAUGUGAUUCUAGUAAUGUAUAUUUAAAUCAUAUUAAAAAAUUAUGUUAUAUAAUGGGACAUAUAAUGGUUAUCAUUUUACCUAUAUUAUGUAUUGUAAUUAGUAGAUUUUUAUUUGAAACCAAUAAUUAUAUCAGUGAAGAUCAUGAAGAAUUUGCUGUUAUAUCAUGUAAUUUAACACCAAAUUAUGGACAUUUCUAUAUUUUCUUUCCAAUAUUAUUUAUAUUAUUAUUAUUACAAUUUUCUUGUAUUUUAAUUACAAUUAAAUUACUUAUUAGUCAACAACAAAAUAUUAAUAAUUAUCAUGAUAAUAUUAAAACAUUAUGGAAAACAACAAAUAUAAGUGCACGUUUUUGGAUUACAUUAAAAUUUACAAUGACACAUAGUUUGAUAUGGUUGAUUGCAUUUAUAGCAUUAAUACAAGCGUCUACUUCUAUUUGGCAUGUAUUCACAUUAUUAUAUAGUUUACAAGCUAUUUAUAUUACUGUAAAUUGUACAUUUACACGUCCUGUAUUAGAUUUAAUUUAUCAAUGGCGUGAAGAAAAAAUUGAUUAUUAUAAAAAUGAACAUAAUCUAUUAUUGAUUAAUCAUAUUUUAAAUACUAAUCAACAAAAUGAUACAAAACAAGAUCGAAUCAAAAAUAUAUUGAUUAAUUAUUAAGCAAAAUUUAUAUAAACAUUGUUUAUAGGCGACCUGCUUGAGCAUCUGAACUACCUGUUCCUGCCCAUCUAGAUAUUUCAACAAGUUAUCUAUUUUUGUUUGUUUUAAUAUAUCAUUAUGUUUAUUAAUCGCAUAACAUAUCUUGGUGUAUUUCUGAAAAGUGAACAACUUUU